AUAAAAACCUUUUUCACUCUUUUCCUUUCAUUUUUCACUUCCCCAAAUCUGAAAAAAACACUUAGCACAGCAAUCUCAAUCCCAAUCUAUCAAUGGCGUGUUAAUUUCGAUUCCAACUCUUCAUUCAACUUCCCGAUCCUUCAAUUCAAUCUUCACAGAAACAUAGUCUAUUUUUUCAAAGAUGUGGAAAUUUAAGCCAUUCGCGCAUAAAGAGCAAAAUGGUCUUGAAGGCCGUUCUAUAGACGUUGGUAAUCUCAAACUACAUGUCCACAAGCUCAUUGCUGAAGGAGGGUUCUCAUGUGUUUACUUGGCUCGUGAUGCUGUACAUAUGUCAAAACAGUAUGCUUUGAAGCACAUAAUAUGCAACGAUGAAGAAUCACUUGGAUUAGUGAAGAAAGAGAUAUCUGUGAUGAAGUUGUUGAUUGGACAUCCCAAUGUUGUCACCCUUCAUGCCAAUGCCAUCUAUGAUAUGGGUAGGACAAAAGAGGCAUUCCUUGUAAUGGAAUUUUGUGAGAAGUCUCUGGUUAGUGUGCUGGAGAGCCGUGGUGCUGGUUAUUUUGAAGAGAGGCAGGUUCUUUUAAUCUUCAGGGACGUGUGUAAUGCAGUCUUUGCCAUGCACUGCCAGUCCCCGCCUAUUGCUCACCGAGACUUGAAAGCAGAAAAUCUUCUGUUGGGUUCAGAUGGUUUAUGGAAAUUGUGUGAUUUUGGAAGCAUUUCCACAAAUCACAAACGUUUUGAGAAGCCAGAAGAAAUGGGAAUUGAGGAAGAUAAUAUCAGAAAGUACACAACCCCUGCCUACAGACCCCCCGAGAUGUGGGAUCUGUUCCUGAAAGAAGUCAUUAAUGAGAAAGUGGACAUAUGGGCACUUGGGUGUCUUCUUUUUCGCAUAUGCUACUUCAAAAGUGCAUUUGAUGGGGAAUCAAAGCUCCAAGUCUUAAAUGGAAACUACCGCAUUCCUGAUCUACCUAAAUUCAAUUCAACCCUCACAGACUUGAUCAGAGACAUGCUUCAAGCUCGACCAGACGACAGACCAGAUAUCACGCAGGUUUGGUUUCGUGUUAAUGAGCAGCUACCCAUUGAUUUACAAAAGUCAUUACCUGACAGGCCACCUGAAUCGCCCGCUUCCAACAAUCAUGAAGGUGCUUCAAUGUCCACAAACAAAUCAAGUGCAAUGCCUCGCAGAAAUCCACCUCCUCCUCCAUCAGUUGCAGAACCCAAAACUACCCCUCAGCCAUCUCUUGCUUCUAGGGGAGGGGAAAGUGGGGGGCAGCUUGGUGCUUUCUGGUCCACUCUGCAUGCAAAGGAUUCACGUGUCCCCGAGGAAAAGGGCAAACCUGUAUAUGAUGAAGAACGAUCUAGCCACCACAGAGUUCGUCCGGACAAUGAUCAGUUACCGAAAAAUGUUAGUACUAACAAAGUGACUAACUCACAAACUCAGACUGUAAAAAGCAGUAUACAUGGAAAGUUGCACAAACCUGAAGCUGUAUCUUCCAAGGACUUUGAAAUAAAUUUUUUCCCAGAUAAAGGUCAUGCAAAUGAGAAGCAAAUGUCAAAUCUGGAGAAGAAAAAUAAUAAUUUUCAAGACCAGUCUUUUAACACUUUUGUUGCAGAGUUUGAUACCGCUAAGCUAAGCUCCGGGCAUGGUAACAAAUCCACAAGGGAAGAAGCAUUAGAGUCUGAGGUGGAGAAACUCAGGGAGCAGCUGAAGGAAGCUAACUUAGAGAAAUCUGAAAUCACUGCCAAGUAUGAAAAGCUUACUGCUAUUUGCCGUUCACAAAGACAAGAAUUGCAGGAUCUCAAGCAAACACUUGCAGCAAAAACUCCAUCUCCUAGUAGAGAAGGUUUCAGAACCUCUCCUGGAGUUGCAUCAUCUGCAUCUUCGCAGGAUAGAAGUGAAUGGAAAACUCCUAGUUCAGAACCAAAGUCAUCAUGGCAACCUUUCUCGGAGGAAAGCGAACCGUUUAAAUCCCUUUCAGCAGACAAUGCUUCAAAAUCUGUUAGGUCAAGAAAUGGUCAGCAGAGCAAGCCGGCUACUCAACCAGCUGCUGAUUUUGAUUCUUGGGGUUUUGGUGCAGAUACAUUUAGUGCUGCUCGUGCUGGUAGUGGUAGCCCACAGAUGCCAAGACCUGGUGAAGGGAGUACAGCUCAUGUUUUCCGUGAGGCGAAGGGUUUUGAGAGCAAAUCAACUUCUCAACCUGCUGGAUGGGCUGGUUUUUAACUAUGGUAAAAGCUUAAAGGGAUCUAUCUAUCAUUGUAUCUGUUAUAUUAUGUUUGCACCUCGAUGAUUUUAUUCAUCUCACAUAAAGAAGUAAAAAUGUGUGGAAACUUGACAUAUAUUAUGUUUAUUUUCAUGUGUUUAAUUGUGUCUUUUUCUUUUGUGAAUCAUGCUAUGAAAUGGUACAUGUUUUCCUGGACUGAAGCUUAUUUUGGUUUA